UGUUACAGAGACGGCGCUCAAAGCAUUAAAAGUCAGCAUUUAAAACAGAAGUCCAGACCCAACCCCCAAAACGCAAACCCUAGGACUCUCCCCCAUGGCCACGCCUCUACCGGAAGUGACGCGCCACGCCGACUAUUUCUUCUUCCGGCGACUGCCGGUGGCGCGACCCAGGCCUGCGCGAGGUGUUCGUCGGCGUUGCGGCCAGCAGAGGGAUUCUGGGUAACGGCCCCGGCCGGCUGGAGCGGCUGGCUUCGUGCCGCGGGUUUUGUUCACUUCAAGUCCUUAGGCAGUGGCGUUUGUAGGGCGAGGGCCAGCGGGACAUGGAGCAGCCGUGGCCGCCGCCGGGACCCUGGGGCCUCCCCCGAGUGGAGGGUGAGGCUGAGGAAGAGAGUGACCUGGACGUGUCCCCCGCCUCUCCCCGCUGCCCGCCGCCGCCGGGCGGUGACGCGCAGAUGUAUAGCCAUGAAAUUGAGCUGGCUUGCCAAAAGCAGACAGAGUUUGUGAAGAGCUCUGUGGCAUGCAAAUGGAAUCUUGCUGAGGCUCAACAGAAACUUGGUAGUUUAGCACUGCAUAACUCUGAGUCCUUGGAUCAGGAAUAUGCCAAAGCACAAACAGCAGUGUCGGAACUGAGGCAGCGGGAAGAAGAAUGGCGACAGAAGGAAGAAGCUCUAGUACAAAGAGAGAGGAUGUGUCUCUGGAAUGUGGAUGUCAUUAGCAAGGAUGUUUUUAAUAAGAGUUUUAUUAAUCAAGAUAAAAGAAAAGAAACAGAAGAUGAAGAUAAAUCAGAAUCAUUCAUGCAGAAACAUGAGCAAAAAAUCAGACAUUUUGGUAUGUUGAGUCGAUGGGAUGACAGUCAGAGAUUUUUGUCUGACCAUCCAUACCUUGUAUGUGAAGAAACUGCUAAAUAUCUUAUUUUAUGGUGUUUUCACCUAGAAGCUGAACAGAAAGGGGCUCUAAUGGAACAAGUAGCACAUCAAGCUGUUGUAAUGCAAUUUAUUAUGGAAAUGGCCAAAAAUUGUAAUGUGGAUCCAAGAGGGUGUUUUCGUUUAUUUUUCCAGAAAGCCAAAGCAGAGGAAGAAGGUUAUUUUGAAGCAUUCAAAAAUGAACUUGAAGCUUUUAAGUCAAGAGUAAGACUUUAUUCUCAGUCACAAAGUUUUCAGCCGAUGACAGUUCAGAAUCAUGUUCCCCAUUCUGGUGUUGGAUCUAUAGGUUUGUUAGAAACCUUACCACAGAAUCCAGAUUAUCUUCAGUAUUCUAUCAAUACAGCUACAGCUCUCUGCAGUUUAAAUUCAGUGGUACAUAAAGAAGAUGAUGAGCCCAAAAUGAUGGACACUGUAUAAUUUGGUUAAGACUGCUGAGGCCAAGUGCUAUUUUGUUACCAGAAAGGAAGAACUUGGCUAUUUUCUUGACACUUUUAUGGGUGCUGCACUUUAUUUUUGUUUGUUUUUGAUGGGAGAGAAAAUGGAGUACUGAAACAUUUUGUAACUUGUUUUUAUGUGCUGCUAGGUCUUUUGUUUUUUUCUGAAGGGAGGAGUGGUACCACAUGUUGGAGGAAGUCAAAUUGGACUCCCCCCACCUCCCCUUUGGCUACUAAUUUUGCCUUUAAUUGUUCUCAAUUUUGAAAUCAAAGUUAUGAAAAUCUGCACAAAUGCAAUGUUUACAAGAACUGGUUGAUUCUAGUAGGCAUCUGCUACACAGUCUCUUUUUAUAUGGAUAUGUACAUGUCCUCUACAAAAAUAAUUAAAAAUAUACUUUUAUCCCACCGAUAAUUUAACUGUCAAAUCUGGUGUUUCAUUAAAAGCAAUAAAUCAGUAGUUGGUAAUCUGCUUUACUAAACAAGCUGGGUGGCACAAAUUUUUAAAAAUCUUUCCUUUUAAAAUAUUACAUUUGUAUUUUCGGCACCAUCAGUUAAAUUCUUGACUGUAAUAUAAAUGUGAUUUAAAGACAUUACAUUUAUCCCCAAAAUACUCACUAAACUGUUCUUUAGAAGUUGAUUUUUAUCUUGUUGACUUUUUAAUUAAGGCUUGUAGUGAUACAAAAAAUGAUGGGCUUAUGUAUUAUGUUGUGGUUUUUUUUUUUUUUAAUUAAGAUAAACUUCAAGCUCACUCAUUUCUUAACAUAGUCUGGGAUCGCUCAGGGAGUAAGUUUUAAAAGAAUACUAAUGGCCUAUAAGAACAAACAGGAAGAAUGAUAUGAUUUUUAAAAUUAUGAUUAUUGUUUGUUUCACUCUAAUGUAGCUUUUUUUUUCCUAAAAGGCUUUUGUGAAAGACAUGAGACAUCCUAUAGAGCUGACUGCCUUGAGCUGCAGCUACUUAUUUCUAUCCGGUAAUCCUUCAUAUGGUGAUGAUGGCUUUUACUACAUUUGUUGUUCCUUUUUCAGCUGUUACCAUAGAAUGCUUCUGAGCAUUACUACUUCCUAUAUAAUUUACUUUUAAAAAAUCAGGAUAUUUGAUAAUUCAUUUUAUUUAGAAACAGAUGACAGUGCUAACUAUGCUAUCCUUAUUAUUUGAAGAUGAAUGCACAGGAACUUGAGCUUUGAUUGUGUUUGGGUAUAGGUAGUCUUUGACUUAGUACCCUUUGAGACUAGUAGCAAACAUUUGGAAGAUGGCUAACUGGGAUUGGGAAUAUGUAUCUCAGUUGAGGAAACCAAACUGAGGGACCCAUAUGGGGCUGAGAACUGUGACUUUGGCUUCUUUUGCACCUUGUGUUAACUGAGGUGAUUAGGCACUUAAUACUAAUAGAAAUGGACUGGAAUUAUUGAGUCAUACUUCUGUAACAUCACAAUCUUCCCUGUUUUCAGAAUAAAAUCUUUUGUGCUUUUGAUACAUAGUCUAUAAUAAAACGUUCAACUAAAUUUAUACAGUAGUAUUCAUCAGAUUGGAUUUUUAAAAAAAUUUUAACCAGAUGUUCUGGUCAUAGAUACCCACCACCCCACCCCACCCCGCUGUUGUGGAGCAUGUGCUUGUUUUCCCUGCGUAGCAGAUGGAGAGAAUAGAGUUACACACAAAAAGAUCUCCAGUCUCACAGAAAUGUUAUUUGAACUAUUAUUUUCAAUUUCACUCCAGUUUCACUUUUCCCCAUGACUUGGCCUGUAAUCGUCCGAAUUGUUUUUACCUUUCAUUUUGCCUUACGUUAGAGCUACUAAUGGCUAAAGACUGAUGAGAGAAGUAUGGACAAACUGAAUGAACUAUUCCUGAAGGGGUUUGCAUUGUUUUUUAAACAGAUUACUGAAGAACAGUUCUUAGAAAUUUAACUAUAUAUAUUUUUUUACUUUGAGCAGGAAAUGUUCUGUAUUUUGAGUGUAUGAAAGUAUGAUUGUAUCUGUUCUGGGAACCACUGGCUGUUGCCAUAAUUUGCACUUAAAUGACUUUUACAUAACUAACAGUACUUCAGAACUAAGAACAGCCAAGAUCCUUUUUCUUCUCUUCAUUCUGAAAAUGUCCUCUUCAGUACCGAGAACUAACACCUUCCAAAACAAAUACCCUCUUUUCUGUUUCUUAAUAAUAAAGAAGAGUAUACUGAACAAAGAGAUAACUCAUUAUUUCAGGCUGGACAAUUUUCCCUGAACAAAUUAAACCAUGGAAUGUCCAAACUGAUUAAUGAAACAUCUUUGACAUCAGAGUAUUCAACAGCGAUUCUUGUUUCACUUGAUAAAAUCUUCUAAUAAAGUACUUUUUAAAAAAACAAAUAGUUAUCACUCCAUUUAUUCUCUUAACUCUUUGUCAUUCUGUCAAUGGUAGUGGAUGAUACUGGUUUAAAAUUAUUAAUCUAAGAUAGAUAAAUGGGCAGCAUUCUCUUCCAUUUAUACCAUUCGGGGGCUUUUUCCAUGUUUGCCUCAUGAACUCACAACCUGCUGUAACUUCUCUUUUGGACAAUCAGGCUUUCUUCUUUCAGACCAACAUUCACAUUAUUACCGUAAAAGUGAAUUAACAUGCAAUCCAAAGAACAUGCCUGUGUUUUAUUUUGAGCCAGGGUCUCAUUAAGUUUCUAGGUUUAGGCUUGAACUUUUUAUCUUACUGCCUCAACCUCUCGGAGUGCUGAGAGAACACCACACCCGGCUUAAUAAGUACAUUUCUUAUAGUAUGAAGAGAAUGGUCAUAGGUUUAGGUUGGAUGAUCCUAAGUAUUUUCAGAGAAAACAUGUCAGUUUACUGUUCUCAAAGUAAGUUGUGUAUUUUAGUUCUUAAAUUGAUGUGGGACAGAAAUGGUGCUUAUAUAUGGUUACAUUUUACCAUUGUGUCAUACAUAUUUUAAUAAGAACCUUAAAUCUUAUGCAUCCAUUCUCAUUUGUAAUUGACAUGUAUAUCCUGUUUCAUUGGUCCUCUGAGAAGCAGAUUCAUUUAAUAGAUAUUUGCUUACUGUGUAAAUGGGUAUACAAAGAGGAAUAAAAGUUGAUUAUGAACUUC